UCGGUGUCCCUGAGGCCUAUGUGCGGGCUCACAGAAUUGUCCGCGCGCACCCGGCUGCUCUCCGGGCGGGUGCGGGCGCCGAGGUGCUCCGCCAGAGCGAACUUGCUUGGGAAUGCCCUGUAAAAUGCGAAUUAAAGCUAUGCCUGGGGGUUUCAUUACUCAAGCCAUUCCCACGUCUUCCUUUCUUGUGGAUGAAACUUGGCACAUUUAAAGUCUUCGUUUUGGAGUUUUAAGUUUUUUAAAAUAGAUAGGGCACGGGAGUAACGACUGGCUGUUUCCCAUUGUCAUUUAGGGGUUCGGUACUAAGACGUGCUGUUACGGAUGUGUUUCUCGUGUUUGGGGAAGGUAGAAUAAACUAGAGGGGCCCCCAAGAAGCUAAACAUGUAGUCUAGGAGCAUCCGUAGCAAACUGCUUUUCCUUGAGACGUUUUGUUUUCUUUUGGCACCUAAUUCAAGUGCCGUCUUGAAUUAGGGUGCAUCUGUGGGUUUGGAGAGCAUUUGUGUGAAAAAUAUCCUAGAUACCUACUGCCCGGAAACGGGAAAGUCAACUUUUGCUCUGUUUUAGGACGAAUGCAUUAUAAAUUGUAAAUUAUUUCUUGACGUGAAAACGUGUUUGUUGUGACGAGAUAUUAGUGUGUUUACCUUAUUACAAAAAGCAGCUCGAUUCAGGGCUUGUUGAAAAUCAAGGUCUGUGGUGUAGAUGAAUGAAAGGAAAUAAAGAUAAUGCAGAGACUAGGGCUCCUCUCCCUGCUCUGUAGGUUUGACACUUGUGCAUAGAAGUUAUUCAUGUUGGUGAGUGAGCCUUGUUUAACCUUUAAAGAACCUUCUAUCCAGAGUUUGUGUGCAUGCUCUAGCGCCAGCAAGACAGCUAGAGCCGCUGCCUUCUCCAUUCCUUGUAGAUUCUUUUUCUCAUCUCACAGAUGAGCUUUAGAUCCGGACUUGUGCCCAAAACGGCCUAUUGAGAUUCACGUGAGCUUGGAAUAUCCAGUGUUUUGGAAAUUGCCUUGAUUAAUUUUCUCAUUAAUCUAAAGCUCUUAACAGCGAACAAAUGGCCAAGAGGCCACAGCACUAAAGCCAUUCUUAAUCUUUAAAAAGUAGCUGACAUUUUCCUUACGUGAACUGCCAGUGAACUGAUAGUGAACUCUCUGAGAACAGUUCCAGGGCGCGCACUGAAUGCUCCCUUCGAAGGCAUAUUUCAUUUUAAUUAUUUGUUAGGUUUGCAAACAGGAAGACAUGACUUCCUCUGCUUUUUAGAAGCUGGAGAGCAACUUCUAAUUUUUGUGGCAUGAGGUCUUGCUUGCUUUCUUCCUGUGAUGUGGCCCUCCACAAUCCUUGUUUUUGGAGUUGGACUCCUGCCAGGAUUCUGCAUCAUUGAAAUCAGCCGAUGGAGGCGAUCAUUGCCAGGUGGUUUGGGCAAUUUGUUACUUACAGGCGCCCCCCUCCCCAAAAUGCUUUCUCAUUUAUUUUCUCUCUCACUCUUCUUUAGGAUUUCCGAUGCAUGCCAGGUUUCUGCUGACUGCCGGAACCGGAGAUCACUCCACAUGGAUCCCCCAAGUCAGCAUGGCAGCCACACUUCCCUAGUGGUGAGUCAGCCACCGCCUCUGGAAGGCCGUCAGAGGUUAGACUAUGACAGGGACACUCAGCCUGCUGCAAUUCUGUCCUUAGACCAGAUCAAGGCCAUCAGAGGCAGCAAUGAAUACACAGAGGGACCUUCAGUAGUGCGAAGACCCGCUCCUCGCACUGCACCAAGACCCGAAAAGCAGGAAAGGACUCAUGAAAUCAUACCAGCCAAUGUGAAUAACAGCAACGAACACCGACCUGCCAGCCACUCCGGCAAUGCCAGGGGCUCGGUGUUAAGCAGGUCAACUAGCACCGGAAGCGCAGCCAGUUCAGGGAGCAGCAGUAGUGCAUCUUCCGAGCAGGGCCUGUUGGGAAGAUCUCCGCCCACCAGGCCCAUCCCCGGUCAUAGGUCAGAUAGGGUCAUCCGGACCCAACCCAAGCAGCUGCUUGUGGAUGACUUGAAGGGUUCCUUGAAAGAGGACCCCACCCAGCACAAGUUCAUCUGUGAACAGUGUGGCAAGUGCAAGUGUGGAGAGUGUACAGCCCCCCGGGCUCUGCCCUCCUGUCUGGCCUGUGACCGGCAGUGCCUUUGCUCCGCAGAGAGCAUGGUGGAGUACGGGACCUGCAUGUGCCUGGUCAAGGGCAUUUUCUACCACUGCUCCAAUGAUGACGACGGGGGCUCUUACUCGGAUAACCCAUGCUCCUGUUCACAGUCCCACUGCUGCUUCAGAUACCUAUGCAUGGGAGCCCUGUCUUUAUGCCUACCCUGCCUGCUCUGCUACCCUCCUGCCAAGGGCUGCCUGAAGCUAUGCCGGGGCUGUUAUGACUGGACCCACCGCCCUGGUUGCAGGUGUAGGAACUCCAACACUGUCUAUUGUAAGCUGGAGAGCUGCCCCUCAAGGGCUCAGGGCAAGCCGUCAUGAUUUCUGGAGGUGGGUUAGACCUCCUGAAUGUCUUGCUUCCGAACUGUGGCUGUUAAGAAACGUGGUAUUUCUUCUCGAGUCUCUCCUGUCUCUGACGAUCCUCAGAAGGAGUGGACUGUGAAACUGUGCCCAGCUUGCUCUCACCCCACCUCAAGGGUUCUGGGAGCUGGGAGUCCUAUGGAGCCUUGUGCUCCAUCAGGUUUCCAGCUGUGUCGUGAGGAUGUGUGCACACCCAGACUUGGCUGAGAGAUGUUUGGGGCCAGGUACUGUGGGAUCAGGGACUUGGUGUGGUUUAUUAAAAAGUAACCAUGUAAGUGCUUACAUAAGCUAUAUAUUAAUCUGCCUCUGAUGAGAGCUAUCUUAGCCUCCCACCCCCAAGUUGAAUGGGAGGAUCUACUCCUUAGAACACAGUUUGCUCUGCAACAGCUCGCUGCCCUCUCCCUCCAACCCUCAGAUUCUCCCCCACAGUGUGCUGGGGAGAUGCCAGUGGGUCAUCCCCUUACACAGCCUUUUUGUCAUAGUUCUGUAUUCAUUCUGCAAUGUCGUCUAAACAGUAGAGAUGAUGUUGGCUAAUCCUCCUUGUUCCUCCUCUAGUGCCCCGUGUCUGUGAAGGACUUCCCUUCCCACCCGCACUACACUGAGGGCAGUUGGUAACUAGUUGAAAUUCCUGUCUGAUCUGCCCCUAGGCUGCUCAGAGCUACAGUGCCCUAAGGUGCCAUUGGCCUCUGACUGGCCUUUUGACUCUUAACAGCUGGGUGUUUCCAAUCCUUCCUGUGUUUCCAUUGCCUUAACCACAAAUUGUGGUGCUUUUUUGUAUAGUAUAUGUAUAAAUCACAAAGUUGAAUCCUGGCUAUUUUUAAGACAAAAGUCUGUUAAACUUUUUUAUUGUAAAGAAUAUUUAUUAUGCGAAUCUCUAUUAUUUUAUGAUAUUUAUUGCAAAAGACUGUUGAAAUGUACUCAUGUCUGAAUAUAACAUAUCACUACUUCAUGAAAAACAAGGUGACUCGAAGAAAGUACAUAAAGUACAUAUAUGUUAACUACAAUGCAGAAAAUAUAUUAAUUAAUGAAACUGUC